AUAGUAAUGCAGUCGUAAAUAGAUAUGAGGUGGGGGCUGUUGAAUUUGCCGACCUUGAAGGACGAGGCCCGAAGAAUGGAUGCAAGCAAGCACGCCACACUACCCUUUCCGUUGGUCCCUGCAACAUGUAUUGAGGGUCGCUUAUACGAAAAUUGAGAGGCCAAACGGCGAACGCGUUCCAGGGUGAGAUCGAUGGUCAUCUAGCUCGUUCCACUCGACACCGCGGUGAAACGCUGAGAUAAAUUUCUGGUCACGUGAGCAGCACUCCAGCCAUAGCUGUGGAAUGAUCAUUUCAUCGGAGUGCCCUGUUAUGUUUUGGCUGGUCAACCCAAAUUAUAAAACAGUUUCCUUCAAGGUGCAGGGUUUACUGCAAGUCGACUCCAUAUUCCUUACUGGUCCACAUCCUUGGCUGAGAGUUGCCGGAACUAUUCAAAAUGCCCGUACUCGAUGAGGCGGUCAAGACCGCCAUCGACGAACUUGCGAGUGGCUCAGUGCAAGCAGUUUCCACCCUCACGCUUAUGGUCCUACGGGAUAAAUGCUCCUUUGUCCAGUUUCAGUGGAUCGCCACAGCAUUCUAUGAGAUUCUCAAUUCUGGGCGUCUGCAGAGCGCAAAGGAAGAAAAUGCCAAGGACCAAAGUGUUCAUCCGACCUUACAGGUUAUGGCGCUCAGAAGUUUGGCUUGCAUCGUCCCCGAGGGGGCCUUGGAGGAGGCUGAAGCAAAAGAAACUUGUGAUGCGCUGCUGAUCCAUUGGCCUUCCAUCCUUGAAUGGAUUUUGUAUCUCAAGAGCGACUACGUCGAUCGAAGCUGCAUCGAUGUCGCGUUUCGUGUGCGUGCGAAACGAUCCAUAGUCGACUUCAUCGGCCUUAUCCUUCACGCCGAUCUACGUCCGAUCGUCCCGACAAUGUUUCAUUCACCUGGCCUCCUUUACACGCUUACCUCUCUGUGGCGCCUGGAGGUGGAAGACCCCAUUUUCAGCUGUUGCAACGAUGGUAAAGAUGAGAUGGCCCCCGUAUACUGCACGCCAGGCAUCUUGGACUGCUGGCAGGCUAUCUUCAUGCACACCGAAGGUUGGAGUUGGGAUGAUCUUGUUGCCCUGUUUGAUAACGACGGAGCCUUGCUUGCAUCAACUGCGCUGGCUCACCUUAGGCACGACAUCACACAGGUCCCCAUGGAUUACGACCGCGUCAUCUGCGACAUCCAUUUGAUGACCACUUUCUCUAUUAAAGAAUCUGUCUGUAUGGGCCUGCUUAAGCAGGGUUCUAUGCAGACCGUGGUGUCUCUGAUGUUCUCUCUCGCCCGCUCUAAUGAACUCCCCUCCGACGCUCCUCCUCUUGUGACAAAGGCAUUGUCCUAUGCCUGUUGGUAUAUUCGCUCAUACGUGGAAGGUGGAGAUGGGUUGACAUGGAUUACACAAGUGAUCAAAGCCGGACUCUUGGAGGCGCUUCUCCUCGUCGAGCCCUGGAUGAAAUACCUGCCGGACCCGGAUGAUUGGGAACCAUUGCAAGAGCUUUAUGGGGAGAUUUUCCCAAAAUACUCCAUACACCGCCCCGUGCUAGAGUUAUUGUCCAAGGCUCACAAGGACAUUGAAGCCUCCGGUUUGCCUGAAAAACUGCAGAAGGAUACACUGGUGUCGGUGGCAUGGGGAGAUUUCGAUGGUGCUCUUCGUUCAAGGUUGCCACUCCUGACCAAAGACGGUACAAUUGACUACUGGUGUCAAAACGUCAAGUGCGGUAAAUCGCGACCCGCUGCGGAGUUUAAACAGUGCACGGGUUGCCUCCAGGUUUACUACUGCAGCAAGGAAUGCCAAAGCCUCGAUUGGAAAUAUGGGGGACACCAAAAUUAUUGCCAUACCAUCCAGAAGCGACGUGCUCAUGGUGCUAUCACUCACAUGUCUUCAAAGGACUAUCGCCUCUUUGACGCCGUUAUUCUUAGUGAUCUCGCCUGGCUCCGGCCAAGAGUCCAAGCACUGAUAGCUGCACACCCGGGUAUUCUCAUUUCCAUUCACUCUGACUACACGGAGUGGCCAUCACACCACACUAUCGAACCUUUGCCAGAAACAGCUCAGCCGCCAACCUGCGGUUGCGACAUGUUUCUGCAUUCCAAAUGGUGUGACAUGGUUGAACUGGCGCGCAGGUCAACAUCGCCUCGCGUCCUCAUCCGUUCUUUCAUUCCCUGUGGAAUAUACCCCAAGGUUAAGCUCCAAGUCAGGUCGAUCGAAACGAUGGGCUUGGACGAUAGGAGCAUCAGUUCGGUCGAUACCGACAAUACGUUUGAACACGUGUACGAGUGCUCAAAUGUUGGGUUGAGCUUUAUGGACGGCGCGUUCCCGGAGGUAAACAAAAAGGAGAGGGAAUUGUUAUCUCCAGAAGGAACUGCAAGAGGGACACCGAGUACUUCGGCUCCUGCAUGUAGUUCAUGUGCUGCAUAGGUCUCAACGUAGGCUUCAAUGGACCUACGAUACGACGUUCU